AUGGCGGACCACACUGCCACACGGCCACCAUGCAUGGGUCUAAAAUUUCCCUACCGAGCACAAGGGCCAAGAAUUCUAUGGGUUCACCCAUAA